AACUCUGUCCAAAACCACCGCUUGAUGCCCCCUUAUCUCUUUCCAAUCUUAUCCAAAAUUUCCCCUUCAAUUCUCUUCACUCUUUGUCUCCCUCUGCUUCCUGCACGCACUAUGCAAAAAAAGCUUUCUUUUUUCCGUACUAAAUUAGAGUUAAUCUUGAACCAAAAUGUACAAUCUUAAUAGGUUAUUUUGUUCUCAAAAAUGGAUUCUUUUCCAUUUAUGAAUUCAAUUAGCUUAUCCAUUACAAUCCUAUUUUCAUUACAAUCUGAUAUAUAAUCUGUUGAUUUUUAUUUUCUGCACUUUUUCCGUUUUCUCUUAAGUGGAAAAAGACUGUGACUUUUUCAAAGGGUUGAUCAGAAAUGGUGUCAGCUAACGACCCAGUUGAGUCUUUCUUCAAUUCCAUUCAAGUUGUGAAGGAAUCGUUGUCUCCACUGGAAGUGGGUUUUCGCAAGGCGGCGAAGGAUCUUGAGCAUUGCUUGGUUUGGCCCAAGAACAAGGGCAAUGGUGUUUGUUUGAUUGCCCAGGUGAAGGAAGGUGGUGAAUUUCAGAUCUGUGAUGUCAAGAAGAAGAAAGGGUUGUCAAUGAAGGUUCCCUUGAAGGCUUUCUUGGGUUUAUUCUCACAGAAUUCAGGGAAUGGGAAUGGGAAUAGAGCUCAAGUGGCUAAGGAAGAUGGGUCUUCUUGCACCAAUUGCUUGCAGUUUGCUGUGACUUGGUCUUUGUUGGUUAAUGGGUUUCUUCAGUCUCUGCCGGUUCCUUUCAAAUCUGGGAGGAAGAGGUUUCAGAAAGUGGAUGAUGAAGAUAAGUUGUGUUCCUGCAUGAAGCCAACUGUUUCAUCAUGUGAUGUGAAGCAGAAUGAAUCCAAGGGUCAGUUUGUUAGAACAGUUAGGGAAAAGGGUAUGAAGAGAAAGGAUGGAAAACAUGUUUCAAUUGAAUGCCUUAUAGGUUUUAUCUUUGAUCAGUUAUCUCAUGCCCUUCAGGUUCUUGAUCAUGGGGUGCAAGAAAAUGACCUUGACUGUGGGAAAACUUCUCUUCCCCAACCUCCUUCAUCUAAUUUUGGUCAUGUGAGUGUAUUCACAAGUUUCUUGGAAGGGCAUAAAGUAGAUGUGAAUGGCUUCUUGGGGAAUUUAAGAUUUGCAAAGUUGGGUGGUGUGCCAUCAAGUGUAGUUGGAGAAGAAAGCCCCUCAACAAACGAAGGGGGAGCUAAUAAUGACAAUGAUGCAAACAGGGAAGAAAAUGGAGGAAUUUCGCCACAGAAGGUUGCCUCUAACAUAUUCAGUAUUCCUCUAACAAAUGUGGAGCGUCUGAAGUCUACGCUUUCCACUGUGUCAUUGACAGAACUGAUUGAGCUGCUACCACAGCUCGGGAGAACAUCUAAAGAACAUCCUGAUAAGAAGAAACUAAUCUCUGUACAAGAUUUCUUUAGAUACACGGAAGCUGAAGGGAGGAGGUUCUUUGAGGAGCUGGAUAGAGAUGGCGAUGGCCAAGUAACUCUGGAAGAUCUAGAAAUUGCAAUGAGAAAGAGAAAGCUGCCACGAAGAUAUGCUAAAGAAUUUAUGAGCCGUACUAGAAGUCACUUAUUUUCUAGGUCUUUUGGUUGGAAACAGUUCUUAUCAUUAAUGGAACAGAAGGAGCCAACAAUUCUCCGGGCAUAUACUUCUCUGUGUCUAAGCAAGUCCGGGACACUGAAGAAGAGUGAAAUAUUGGAAUCACUAAAGAAUGCAGGACUCCCUGCAUAUGAAGAUAAUGCCGUUGCUAUGAUGCGAUUUCUGAAUGCUGACACAGAAGAAUCUAUUUCAUAUGGACAUUUCCGGAAUUUCAUGCUUCUGCUUCCCUCUGAUCGUCUUCAAGAGGAUCCUAGGAGUAUUUGGUUUGAGGCUGCAACUGUAGUUGCCGUUCCACCAUCUGUGGAAAUUCCUGCUGGAAGUGUUCUAAGAUCUGCAUUGGCAGGUGGCCUUUCUUGUGCCCUGUCUUGUGCAUUACUGCAUCCAGUUGAUUCAAUCAAGACUCGGGUACAAGCGUCAACUAUGUCCUUCGCUGAAAUAAUUUCUAAGCUGCCACAGAUUGGAACACGGGGUUUAUACAGGGGGUCAAUCCCUGCUAUUCUUGGACAGUUUUCAAGCCAUGGCUUGCGAACUGGGAUAUUUGAAGCGAGUAAAUUGGUGUUGAUAAAUGUUGCUCCGACACUACCAGAACUCCAGGUACAAUCUAUAGCAUCAUUCUGUAGCACGUUUAUGGGAACAGCUGUGAGGAUCCCCUGUGAGGUGUUAAAGCAGAGGUUGCAGGCUGGUCUUUUUGACAAUGUGGGUGAGGCUUUUGUUGGGACUUGGCAGCAGGAUGGUAUUAGGGGUUUCUUUCGUGGAACUGGAGCUACCCUUUGUCGUGAGGUUCCAUUUUAUGUUGCUGGCAUGGGGCUUUAUGCUGAAUCUAAAAAGGCUGUCCAAAAAGUACUAGGGCGGGAACUGGAGGCCUGGGAAACAAUUGCUGUUGGAGCUUUAUCUGGUGGCUUGGCAGCUGUUGUCACAACGCCGUUUGAUGUCAUGAAAACUAGAAUGAUGACAGCAAAGGGUCGGUCUGUGUCAAUGACAUUGGUAGCAUUCACUAUACUCAGCAAUGAGGGACCCCUUGGCUUGUUUAAAGGAGCAGUGCCCAGGUUCUUUUGGAUUGCUCCUCUUGGUGCCAUGAACUUUGCAGGUUAUGAGUUAGCAAGGAAGGCCAUGAACAAAAAUGAGGGUAAGCCAGGCAGUUCGGAGUAAUGUUUCAUACACCAACCAAAUGUGUCUGAUGGAAUUUUUGAGUUUAUUGCAGCUCAUGUCUGGGUUUUCAUUCUGCCUAUCAUUGAUGCUGCUAUGAAAUAUGCAUUUUGUUUCCUUUGUUUAUUUUCUACUUUCUGAGUCUGCCAUUUGUAGCAGCAGAACUAACAAAAAUU